CUCCGGUCUGGUUUGAACCGGGGUAUCAAGUCCGCGAUUGAGCUCGCAUUACUUCAAACAUGGUACGAAAUCCUUCCUCCGUUAGUAGCUUUAGACCUUAACCUGUGGCAGGAAAUUCAUAUCGAUUUCCUUCUUUUCCCAUCCCAGACGGCUUUGAAAGCAUUGCUACAAUUGCGAAUAGAAUCAUUCUUUCAAUGGGAACUGAUCCCCCAGAAUGCGCUGAGUUCAGAUGCUCAAAAGCUUUUCAAUCCCUUCAAAGAUACCCGCGAUUUCCAUGGCGUCAUUAUCGAUGACGAUCUCCUCUCUUAUACCACAGAGAUACUGGUCAAGUCUCUCAGUCGUUCAACUAUUGAGAGGCUAUCAACUAUCACCUGGCAUUUCAAUUCAUCGGGAAGCUCCAGUGAGGGUUUACACAACUUCCUUCGUUGUCCAAGCAAGAAUAUACACUGGGAAUCUAUCUACCAAUCGUACCAGACGAUGACAAAACAGAGAAUCACCUUCAGGGAAUUCAAAGCCUCGCAUGACUUUCUCCUUUAUUCGCCCUUGGGGGGUUGA